CCGGGCAUGCUCAGUCGCAUCCAGGCCUCACAGAACGGAACUAUAUCAAGAUAUCCCACCAACAUGCUGGCCUAUUGUGUAUUCUCCAGAUUACAACAUUACGUUUAUGGGAUUGGAGAAACUGCAUCCAUUUGAUGCUGGAAAAUGGGGGAAAGUAAUAAAUUUCUUGAAAGAAGCAAAACUAAUUGCAGAUGAUGUGAUUGUACAAGCUCGAGAAGCAACAGAAGAAGACCUUUUGGUUGUUCACACGAGACACUACUUGAAUCGAUUAAAGUGGUCAUUUGUUGUGGCUACAAUUACAGAAAUCCCGCCUGUUAUUUUUUUGCCCAAUUUCCUUGUUCAGAGGAAAGUACUACGGCCCCUAAGAACACAAACGGGAGGAACAAUAAUGGCAGGGAAACUGGCCAUUGAAAGAGGAUGGGCAGUUAAUGUUGGUGGUGGCUUUCAUCACUGUUCAAGUGAAAAAGGUGGAGGAUUUUGUGCGUAUGCUGAUAUCUCGUUGGCCAUAAAGUUCUUAUUUGAAAGAAUAGAAGGAGUUUCAAAGGCAACUAUAAUAGAUCUGGAUGCACAUCAGGGAAAUGGCCAUGAAAGAGACUUCAUGGAGGAUAGAAGAGUGUAUAUUAUGGACGUUUACAACAGGUAUAUUUAUCCAGGAGACGGAUUUGCUAAACGUGCAAUAAGGCGGAAAAUUGAAUUGGACUGGGGCACAGAAGAUACAGAAUACCUCCGAAAAGUAGAGACACAUGUGGAAGGUGCAUUGAACGAAGUGAAAUCAGACAUAAUUAUUUAUAAUGCCGGAACGGAUAUUUUGGAUGGUGACCCCUUGGGAGGCCUGGCUAUUUCACCACAGGGAAUUAUCGAAAGAGAUGAAAUUGUAUUCAGAGCUGCCCGAAAACACCGAAUUCCUAUUUUGAUGGUGACAUCUGGAGGCUACCAGAAGAGAACAGCGCGGAUUAUUGCAGAUUCUCUUCUAAAUUUGCACAACCUAGGGCUUAUUGGCAAGGAGCUUGCAGUUGGUGAAGCAGGAAAGGUAGAAAUGAUGACUAGAGAACAAAAGGAAUAUCAGCCAACUUGUCAGUAAAGUAGGAGAAUUUGGGGAUUAUUGUAUAAUGAUAAAGCAACUCUAAUUGUUUAAUAAUUAAACCAAGAGACAAAGUAUAUCCCCAGUUCUCGUAGAAUUAAUAUUCACUAACGGAGAACAAUUUUUGAGUUGCCUGAAUUUACCAGUGACAGUUCCACAAUUAAUACCAAUCGGUGAUGUCUCUCACUGCCUUUUAAAUACCGAUUUAGCUUAAUAUGGACAUAAAACUGGGGGUUGUUUUGUUCUUCUGUGGUCAGAGUAUAAAAGCAUCAAUACCUUUUUUUUUUUUACCUCACAGUGGUCUAGUCCUUUGAUGAAAGGAGAACCAAGUAGUGUCUGAAGAUUGCAGCAUUUAAAGGGUGCACUAAUUUCUGCAGGUGGAUAGAGAAACUUUUAAAAGACUGUAACAGAAGUACUUUGAAGAGCACUGCCAGGAUAUUGCAAACAUAAGAAAAGGAAGAGGUGUAUGUGUGUGUAAUUGCAACGUUUCAACCAUUUCCAAAUAGAUUUCUGGAUGGAAAGCAGCAAGCCUUGUUUGGGUGUGAGGAUCAGAAAAAGAAAUAAAACAUACAAAUUUCCUUUAUCAGUAACUCAUUAAGCUUCAUUGGGGGCAGGUGUUUAUUAUAUACUUUUAAUCACAAGGUGAUCAAUAGUGUUUUUGAACAAUAGAAGCUUUUAUUGAUCUGAUAUGAGAAUGUAGUCGAAAGCUGCAUGCAAGGAACUGUGCUUAUGUAGACCAGCCAGAUCAUACCUUUCCUCCCCAUAAUGGUAUAAUGAAACACUAUCUCUGGAAAUUUUUUUGUUAUUUGCAAUUGAGAAUCUAGGAUUGCAUUAAAGAUUUUUUGAUCACUUUUAAAAAGACAACAGUGGAUACUAGGUCAAUAAAAGUUUAGAACUAGCCAUGUAACUAAAGCACACAACUAAAAUGCCAUUUAACUUCUUUGAAAUCUGUGGGAAAUGAUAAAAUAGUCUGACUAAUGUCAUUAGGAUUGAGGCAGAGGGACGGGACAGACUUUUUUCUGGACUGUGUUUAUCAAGAUUGGAACAUCUGGUUUUGAUUAUAUUAAUGUUAACAAGUAACAUUAAGUAUUAUUACAUAUUAUUAUGAAUAUCCAUGCAGUCCUGAAACAUAUGUAAAAUAAUAAAUUAAAAUUUAAUUGAUGUAAGGGAAAUAUUAAUUUAAUUUUUUAAAAUUUUUAUUCUCUAGGGUUUUUUUAGAACUGUAUACAAAGAAUUUUUUUCUGUUGCCAUCGGACAUAUGCAAAGUUUCCUUUGAGUUUCCUUUAUGUGUGAAGGUGUACAUUACAAAAAAGAAUGGCUUUUUAAAGGCUUCAGUACUUUCUAACGAAUUAAAGCUAAAUAUUAUAUGAAAAGUAAUCUACUCUAUAAAACUGAGCUCUGAAUCAAUUUGGGGCUACGCACUUAAGAAAGAAACCUGCUUUUAUCAGACUUUAUAGCUGGAGGCAAUUCCUAAAGUAUAGUCUGCCAUGCUAAUGUUGUGGUAAACAUCAAAUAAUCUAACUGAAUUGCUGAAAUAAAUUACCCAUCGCCCCUCUCUGAAGGAAAGUUCAGAGAUGUUAAGGCUGCAAUCUUAUACCCACUUACCUGGGAGUAAUCCCCAUUGAACUCAGCAGUACUUAAUAAAUGCAUACAGCAGGAGUAGGGUGCCCCCCAUCUGGCUGGCCAGCCCCUCCCUCCAACUGUUGCCCUGCUGCUCAGCUGAACGGAGAGGAGGGAAAAGAUUGAAGGGGGGGGGGAGUCAAUCACCCCUCACAGUGAUCUCUGUUGCUAUGCUGCUCAGCUGAGUGGUGGAAAAACAGCUGAUGUGUGAGGGAGUGGGCUGUGGAGUUCCCCUUUCUUCACUUCUAAACUGUUUUCCUGUGAUCAGCUGAGAAGUGGGGAGGGGACAUGUGGUUUAAACGUGAAAAAGGGGGGGUGAAAAAGAGCAGAGCAGCACCAGGGUUACAUUCAUAGAAUCAUAGAAUAGCAGAGUUGGAAGGGGCCUACAAGGCCAUUGAGUCCAACCCCCUGCUCAAUGGAGGAAUCCACCCUAAAGCAUCCCUGACAGAUGCUUGUCCAGCUGCCUCUUGAAGGCCUCUAGUGUGGGAGAGCCCAUUGUUUGUUGUGUACACCUUUGGCCCUACACAACACUAGGAUGAGCCUAUGAAAAGGAGGGCAGGGCUCCUGUAUCUUUAACAGUUGCAUAGCAAAGGGAAUUUCAGCAGGUGUCAUUUGUAUUCAUACAGCGCCUGGUGAAAUUCCCUCUUCAGCACAGCAGUUAAAGCUGCAGGAGCCAUGCCGUCUUUUGUAUCUGGUCACUCUAUAAUAGCUCCUGCAGCUUUAACUGUUGUGAUGAAGAGGGAAUUUCACCAGGUGCUGCAUGCAUACAAAUGACACUUGCUGAAAUUCUCUUUUCGAUACAACUGUUAGAGAUACAGGAGCCCUGUCCUCUUUUCAUAUGGUCACCCUACCCAAUACUGGAUCUGUCCCUCCACAUGACCAGUAUGCAACUGUCAACCACUUUCCCCUGAGGCCGUGCAGCCUGUGGGGAAGGUUCCUCACCCCUGGUAUGUAGGAGUACACUGUAAAUAUUGUAAACAAACAUAUAAAUCAAAUACAAUUGAUAAGCUUUGAAAACCUUAUCAGCACAUUAAGUUUAACAGGAGUUUUGCUACUGAUGUCAAGGGUUGCUGUAGAAUUAAUGUUUUGCACAAAACGUUGUACUUGGAAUACAAAAAGCAUAUAGAUACCACAGGAGAGGGCCAUUGUUUGGCUCCUGGAUGAAUAGUGCCAGUUUAUGAUAAGGCUAAAUAAUGUCAAUGUAUCUCAGUGAUUGAAUAAGCUUCCCAUGGUACUUGAGCAAUGUUAGGAUGUAAUAGAAACACUUAAGCUCAAUUAAUAAUCAGUCUGAGCCAGGUAGUUGUAGAAAAAAAUCCCAACUUGCUUUGAAUGUUUUUCUUUUAAGUGAACUUGACACUCUGGAUUAAUAAUGUACAGCAAUACUGUCUUCAAAAAGCACUUUCCUCUAAUGAGAAUGUUUAAAGCACUAUUGAAAUAUUGAGAUGUAAUGUUUACAUUGUCCAACAUGUUAUCUAGCAUUCUUAUAAUUUGAAAUAAUUUUUGAUACUAUGUUUAUAUUUGUAUUGAGUUUAAACACUGUAAAGCCAUGUAACUAAAAAAACUGACCAUUUUUAAUGUUCUUACUUAUAGAUAAAUUAAAACAAUGCUAAUUUUU